AUGUUUCUUCCUUUUAAUCAAUUUCUUUAUUUUUCAAUUUCAUUUCAUUAUUUUCUUCUGAUUUUUAAGUCUUCGAUAUUUAUUUUCUUUUAUUUACAUCUUCCUUUCUUACUUUCUUUCCUUUACCGCUCUUUCUUUCUUUCUUUCUUUCUUUCUUCCUGUUUUUCUUUCUUUCUUUCUUUCUUUUACUGCCCUUUAUUUCUUUUUUCUUUCAACGCUCUUUCUAUGUUUGUUCGUUUCUUUCUUUCUUUCAAUCAGUAUUGUUUUUUUCUUUUUGUUCUAGUUAUUGUUAUUCAGCUUUUGUUAAAUAUUUCUCUCUUCACUGCUUCUUCUAUUCCGUCUUCCUCCUAUAUUUUCUUUUAUUUGCAUCUUUUUCUUUCUUUUAGCGAUCUUUCUUUCUUUCUUUCUUUCUUUCUUUCUUUCUUUCUUUCUUUCUUUCUUUCAAUCGCUAUUGUUUUUUUUCUUUUUUUUCUGUUUAAUGUUAUUCAACGUUUGUAA